UCUGCGGGUCUCGCGUCUGCCAGCAGCUACGGCCGGAAGAUGGCGGCGGCCGCAGAGUUGUCGCUACUGGAGAAGUGCCUGGGACUGAGUAAGGGGAAUAAAUACAGUGCUCAGGGCGAGCGACAGAUUCCAGUUCUUCAGACAAACAAUGGUCCAAGUCUAACAGGAUUGACUACUAUAGCAGCUCAUCUAGUCAAGCAAGCCAACAAAGAAUAUUUGCUGGGGAGUACUGCAGAAGAAAAAGCAAUCGUUCAGCAGUGGUUAGAGUACAGGGUCACUCAAGUAGAUGGACACUCCAGUAAAAAUGACAUCCACACACUGUUGAAGGAUCUUAAUUCAUAUCUUGAAGAUAAAGUCUACCUUACAGGGUAUAACUUUACAUUAGCAGAUAUCCUAUUGUACUACGGACUUCAUCGCUUUAUAGUCAGCAGUGAGGAAAGAGCGGGAGGACAGAGAGGGAGACCACGUCUUUGUCAAGCGACCCCUCUUCCCGCUUCUUCCUGUGUCCUACUCCUCUGAAUCCCUCAGUCUGCUAGGCAAUUCUUUAUUGUGCAAAACAUUGAUGGAACAGGUAUUACUUGGUACCACCAAGUACCAGGACUUCUCGCAACUAACUUAGAUCUUGGAGGAUGAAGGGAUGGUCGAAAGAUGAAGACCUGGCUUCUGCAGCCAAGCGUUAGAUUAUAUUCUCAGCAUGCAGAUCAAAACAAUUCAUUUCCUUGUAGAAUUUCUACUGUGCUUCUUGGGUCAUUUCUGUCAGGCAUUUGCCUGAAAUGCCCUUUCCUUCUCACUUGGUAACCUCUUCAGUAUUCUGCUUGUCCUCAUGGAAGUCAAGUGUGUCCCACCCCUGGCCCCUGAUUCUGGCACUGGCAUCAUUGUACUGUUUUUGAUUAUCUGUUUCUUCUGUCAGGCUUAGUAAUUUCUUGAGAGCAGAGACUAUAUUUUCCCUUGCUUAUCCAUCCCUCAGAACAAUCAUUGGCACACCACAGUCGGUGCUCGAUCUGUUAAAAGAAUGUACUGUUUUUUUAAGUUCCUUUUGAGCUGACUGAGAAAAGUAUAAGUGUAAAUUACAUGUAUAUGUUUCUGGUACAGCUUUAUAUUGCAGAAAGACCCAAUAACAUCAGGGUGGGUUGUUUUUUUCUCACGUAAAAGAAGUUAGGAAAUAGCCCACCUUUGGUGUGAAGCAUCCAGCUCCUGUCUCUGCUGCUCCAUGCUGAACAAGUGGUUUCCAUUCUUAAGUUCAACAUAUGGUCCAAUAUUAACGUCAGAGCUCCAGACAUAAGUCUGAUUAAGAUCCAAAGAAAGAGCAAGAGGGGAACAGCAAAAGGCUUCUCUCCCAACCUUGUCAAUUCCCCUGAAGGGCCUUUCCUGGAAGCCUUAUUCAGCUGUAUUGAUUUACAAUUUUGGCCACUCCAGCUGGGAGGAGGCCAUGUGUGUAGUCGGAGGGCACCCAGAAUAAAGCUCUGCUCUGUCAAUGAGAAAAGAAGGAAAAAGGAUACUGCAUAGGCAACCAGCUAUCUCUGUCACAGUGAGUAAUGCUUAAAUGGGAAAAUGCCUUCUGAGUGCCAAAUGAUCAACUGUAUAAGAUCUUUUGUUAAUAAAUUGACAUCACAUGGAUUAUCAAUUUGCAAAGAAUUGGGAUAUAAUACAAUUCCCACUGACCAUAUUUCACUGACAAUUUAAUUUUCAUGAUUCAGAACUAAUUUUAGGAUUCUGUAGCAUGCAGAGUUAUGAAGAUCUGUUAAUGCUUUUUAAAAUAUGUGUUAAAACUUUUAAUAACAACAAUAAUAGAUAACAUUUAUUGAGCAUUUAGUGUGUAUCAGGCUCUAUUCUAAGUGCUUUAAGUGAAUUCACUCCUUUUUUAUCACCUUUUGCAGAUAAGGAAGCUGAGGCACACAGAAGUAGGGAACUAACCCAACAUCAUACAACCAAUAGUCAAGGGACUGAGAUUCAAACACAAAUGUCUGGCUCAAACUUAACCUGUAAACUACUUUACAUGGAGUGCCGUAAAAUUCUGCUUAAUUAACUUGUGGAAUCAGUUUUUACCAACCUAGAAAAAAUCUGCCUUAGGUAUUAGAUAAAAUAAAUGGGUACAUAACUUUAAGAAUAAAUGAGAUGGUUGCACCAUUCUGGGAGUAUACGGAAAACCUCUAACUUUAAAUGGUGAAUAUUGUAAUACGUGAAUUACAGCAUUAAAACAUUUGGGGGUGGGGUAGCAGUAGAGUCGAGCACACCAGCCUCACCAUGUAUUAAUUAUGAGACCUUGCUCAAGUCACUGCAGGUGGAAUUCCUCAUACGAAAUAGGGGUAAAGACGACUGAUCUCAUUUAAUUUGCAGUGGGAAUGUAUAAAAAUUACUCAGCACUGUGCCUAAUGUGUAGAAAGUUAUGAGUAAAGGACAAACUGCUAUGGAAGAUUGUAAAAUCAUAAAGCCAAAUUAUUAAGACUUUUCCCACCUGCCAAUCAUCCCUGAGGUGCCAACUUGCUCAACAUGUGAGCCUAUCUGAGAUAAAAAUGGUGGCAGAGCAUCUUGGGAUUUUGAUAAAACACGAAUUUACAUUACUUGCCAGUUUAAAAGUCUCUCAUGCCUGUAAUCCCAGCACUUUGGGAGGAUGAGGCAGGUGA